ACAGCGGGUUUGUCACACUGAUAGUAGAAUAUUCUUUCACUAUCGCACCGAAAAAGCGCGGUCAGAAAUGGCGAGAGCCCCACCUCACACCCUCUUCCGCCACUUCCAACCAAUAACAUACACGCCAUCCCCUAUCAGAACCAAAAUCCCCAAAAUCUCCGCCGUCCACUUCAGCACCGACGCAAUGCCUGAUCACCGGGAGCCCCACCCGUCACUCGAAGUCGUUUCCGGCGGCGGAGCCCGCGAGACGAUCCUCCCGGCGCUCAAGACCCUGGUCCGGCCGUACACUCCGUUUCCUCUCUUCGGAUGGAACCGCCACGUGGAGACCAUUUUCGCCGCGUUCUUCCGGUCCAUCCCGGACGUCAGGCUCCGCCGUGAGUGCCUCCGUACGAAAGAUAACGGCGCCGUCGCCCUCGACUGGGUCUCCGGAGACGACCAUCAGUUGCCGCCCGAGUCUCCUGUCCUCAUUCUACUGCCGGGUUUAACAGGAGGGAGUGACGACUCGUAUGUGAGGCACAUGUUGGUCAGGGCCAGAAGCAGAGGUUGGCGUGUGGUCGUGUUCAAUAGCCGAGGCUGUGGAAAUAGCCCCGUCACCACUCCUCAGUUCUAUUCAGCUUCCUUUUUAGGAGAUAUGCGUGACGUAGUGGAGCAUGUUGGUACGCGGUACCCAAAGGCUAAUUUAUAUGCUGUUGGUUGGUCUCUUGGGGCAAACAUUCUUGUUCGAUAUUUGGGUCAGGAGUCUCAUACUUGCCCUCUUUCUGGUGCCGUGUCAAUGUGUAAUCCUUUCAAUUUGGUCAUUGCAGAUGAGGACUUUCAUAAGGGCUUUAAUAAUGUCUAUGACAAAGCUCUUGCACGUGCCCUCUGUGAAAUUUUUAAGAAGCAUUCUCUUUUGUUUGAAGAGAUGGGUGGUGAAUACAAUAUCCCAUUAGCUGCCAAUGCGAAGUCUGUUAGGGAGUUUGAUGAAGGACUAACCCGUGUUUCAUUUGGUUUCAAGUCAGUGGAUGACUACUACUCAAAUUCUAGUAGUUCAGACUCAAUAAAGCAUGUUUGCAUACCUUUGCUUUGCAUUCAGGCAGAAAAUGAUCCAAUUGCUCCAUCUAGGGGAAUUCCUCGUGAAGAUAUCAAGGAAAAUCCAAACUGUUUGUUGAUAGUGACUCCCAAAGGUGGCCAUCUAGGGUGGGUUGCUGGUGUUGAUGCUCCACGUGGGGCUCCUUGGACUGAUCCUGUUGUAAUGGAUUACCUUGAGCAUCUAGAGAGAGGAGCAUCUAAAGGCCUUGCAUCUCGUAGUAAUUCAGUAGGCGUGCAGCAAUGUACAGAGGGCUUGCACAGCCUAGAGUGUUCAUUUACAGGUUUAACCGCUCCCAGGGGCAAUAUUCGUGCAGACUUCUAAAAGCCUAUGCUUGGAUUUGUUCUGCACUGUUGUAAACGGUGAGCACGUUUAACAACACCCAUGCUUUAUUCUAUCACUAUUUUGGUGGUCUUCUAAUUUAUUGAAUCCUACACAAAAUCUUGACCAUCAAUGGUGCUGGGUACCUUUCUGGCUUGUCAUUGCAUGUCAAGGAAUAAACAGGGUGCUUUGCUUGAUGCCUAUGUUUUUGGACGUUAGUUUAUUGUUCUUUUAUUGCGUUGGAAUGGAUAAGGAUUCUCUAGCUCUUCUUAACA